UACGACCCUCAUCUGCACCAUCCCGGCAUCUACCAAUCCGGAAGGCCUUGCAUGCGAAAGCCGUCGACAUCUUCAAGAGAGCUCAGAACGCAAAAGCUGAGCGCACAAAGAGCUGAGACCAAUGUGCUGGUGUUUCAACUUCGGUUUUCAAAGCAAACCGAAGAACAAGUCGUCAUCGUCGAACGAAAAGAGAAGGCGGGAUGCGCCGACGGAUGGCGCGCUUCACGCCAAGGGUAGACCGGUUGUCGCAAAGAGUCAAGAGAAGCGCAGAUGGAAGGAGUCAUCGGGAAAGAGACAGUCGACAGAUGCUGAGGUUUCGCGCUCACCGCGACGAGCCAGAAAUGAACUCGACCCACGAUCGCAAUACCAGUAUGGAGAGACAUACCGGGGCUAUGAGCAGCAUAGACCAGCUCUGAACAUUCAGGUGCCUGCCAUGUGGCAGCGCUCUGUAUAUCCGGGAGGCGUGUAUUAUCCUGGAAGUACACAUUCUUCGCAGGAGACGCUGCUCAAUCCUCGACCUCAUCGCAGUACUCAUCAGCGUCAACGACACCCAAAGCAUUCAUCGCAAGGCACACUUCGAGGUCGCGGAGCUAAGCGAGAUCCUCCGAGGAACUCCAAAUCCAAGAAGAGUCUUCGUCCUGAUCCGUCAAGAGGUUGGUCGUUCUUUGCGCCUUCGCCGCCGAAGACGCCAUCAAGGCGCACCUACCAGACAUUGGACGCUUCACCACGCAGCCAUCGACCCAGUCGCCAACAAAGAUCCACACAACAACAUGAUACAGGUUCGACCUCGAUGCCGUCUCAAUCGCGCCAUCAUCGUUCACGUCAGUACGAACAGCAAACUCCUGCCGUGCGCAGCGCGCGCUCAAGGACACCAAACACAGCUGCCAGGCGGGUACCUGAUCGUCGCUUCGCUGUACUCGCUGCUACCAACCAAGCACUCGAAACCGUACGUCGUGAUGCCUUUGCGCAGCCGUCACCACCCCCGCGAAGAGAAAGGCUUCGAAGGUAUGAAGGCGUGACGAUUCCCACAUCGCAAAUGCCUUUCAACUGGGAUUGUGUCAGCAGUUCCCAAGCUUCUGGUGGCUACGGAGAUUCAACUUCACGGCACAGGCGGUCGCGACGAUGAUUUAUAACAAGAAGGCGCAUACAUUAUCAUGUACAUGUACGACAUACUGUCGUAGUAGCAGAUGUGGCUGACGAUACCCCUGCACUUCGUCUCUCGCCUGCCAUGUUCUACACAGUACACUUUUCGCAUACAAAAUACCCUUGCAUAUCAUCUAAUUCACUUACACUCAUACUGUUGUUCAUAUUCUUUCGAUUAUGUUUCACGGGUUUAGUCUAUGUUCGGAGCUGGAGCGGUGACGAUUAUUCAUGUGGAUGUUAGCUCUUCCUGUCACACAACCGGUUCCAUUCCUAUCGUCACCAUACUCCAUACAUAUGUACUCUUUUGAAGUGCGAUUGAUGUGGUC